GGGGGGGGGGCACUGGCACCAUGGUGGGCCCCGGCGUGGUGGGGGGCUGCGGCGGGGGGCUCUCAGCCCGCCUGGGCUGCUCCGUCAGCGAGCGGGACGUGGGCAGGGGAGAGACCUUCAGUGCCGAGUGGCUGGACCUGGAGCUCAGCACCCGGCCCGAGGAGCGGUGGUGCCGGCGGGAGGUGGACACGGCGCGCCGGGAGUCGCUGGAGCAGCGCGGGGCCGUGCGGGUGCUGCAGCAGCGCUCGCCCUGGGGGCUGCUCCGGGUGGGGGUCCUGGGGCAACCCCUGGCCCAGCACCUCCUGCCCUACGCCCGAACCUUCCCCGUACCCCUCUUCGCCCCCCCAGACCUCCGCGGAGCCAAGGGGGGGCUCCCCCGGACCCUCUCCCGCUCCCUCUCCCACGAGGCCCAGCGGGGCUGAGCGGGGAUGGGGGACGGGGGGUGGGGUCGGGGGGGCACGAGGCUGAUUUUGGGGGGCUGGGGGGACCCAGAGACCUGGAUCUGCUCAGCCACCCCGAAGAGGCAGCGCAGGAGGGAGGGGGCAGGUGGGGGUGGGCUCCCCUUCGCCUGGGAGCCCACCCCGCUGAGGGCGCGGUGGGGGCCGGUCGGGACGGGGUCCCUGCGGGUCGGGGGCCUCCCGCGCUUCGGGGGGCUCCCAGCAGCACCGGCGUGACUCAGUUUCCCUGGCAAAGAGACGGGAACGUGAAGAUGAGGAGCGCUGAGACCUGCCCGGGGCCGAGGGGGGGCCCUGGGGGGCCUGCGGGGGGCGGGGUGGGUGGGUGGGUGGGUGGGCUGGGUUUGUACAAACGGUGGUCUUUGUACGGCAAUAAAAGGCUCACGC